AUGAAGCUUUUUUCUCACUUGGCUUUGGCCAGUAUUGCAGCGGCCGGAAAAGCGCACAAAAACAAGCACAAGAAAGAGAAAGUCCCUCCCUUCUCCUUCGGCGACUUGACUUGUGUUGAUGAGCAUAUUCCAGUGCUUUUUGCUCUUGCGGAUGAUGUGACCAUCGUCAGAAACAGCAAGAACAAAGAUGGUGGGAGAGAAUUUCUCCUUGGAUGUGAGGACUCGAUGACAGAGCCAAAUUUCAAUGUGAUUCAAUGUAAACCGGAACAGGGCGGCAAAGCUGAUGGAACUGGCAUGGCCGGGAUUGAAACACUCGUCGCAGAGAAAUGGAUCGACAGAGACCAUAAGACCGAUGAAUUCGAAGUGACAAACGCCAAGCUUUCGAUCUCCUGCGUUCCUCUUGGAACUGGAUCAUCAGCAAAAUGCUCCGAAGACAUUUUGAGAAAAGAACUCAAAGCUCAGCUGGACUACAAAUUUGCGCUCACACAUGCUUUCAACAAUGCAGAGAUCAACUGCCAGAUCGACUUGAAAAAACAGAAAAAAGAGGAAAAGAAGAAGAAUAAAGCAGCGCGAUCGGAAGCUGGGCUUGGCGCCAGAAAAGGCGGAGCUCCUAAAAAUCCUGCAAAAGCGUUGAAAAAGUCGAAGAAAAAAGCCGAGAAAAACGAAAAGAAAGCUGGAAAGAAGGCGAAAAAGGCCCAAAAGAAGCUAAACAAGCAUGGAAAGCAUCCAGUUACGACUCGAGUUCCGGUCAAGGACUUCGAGUUUUCCGAUUUGGAUGGGACUGUUGUUUCAAUCGAAGGCGAAGCUCCAACCGAAAAUCCACUCAAAGGAAUGCCCCUUUACUUGGAAUGCGACGGAGUUCCAUACUUUCCAGACAAAGAAAACAAAAACGAAGCUUACUACUGGCGCCCGUCUCGAGAUUCUCCCGUCAAGGAAGUUGCCUGGUUCAACUGCUAA